UGAGCCAAGUAGGCAAGGCAACCAUGGCACUUGGCAGGCGAGUGGCACCACAUAUCCAGAAGCAUGGAACACGAGCCAUCUCUCACUUUACAGGGCAAAAGGAACAGGAAGCCAGUUCAAAUGUGGAGGGUGUGUUGGAGGUAGCUGCAGGGGCCGUGAAGGGUGCCUCCACAGUCUACAUGAGUUUAGAGAGUGCUGCUGCCACUCUUGCUACCAGUAUCACUCAGAACACUGUCAAAGUGGUCACUCACAAAUAUGGUGAGGAAGCAGGCAGCCUCACAGACAACACACUUUAUGCUGUGGGGCAGACUGCUUUGGUUGGGCAUAACAUUGCUUCACUGGGAGUUAAGGGCAUUGCCAAGCGAACAGCCAAAGAUACAGGGAAGGCUCUCGUUCACCAGCACGAGGAGAGGAAGCAAUCUAAAGUAGGUGGAGGAGUGGAAGAAGCCGAAGAAGCCAUGGAAGUCACAGAGGAAGAUGGAAACAAUCCUCCUACAAAGCCAAUUCGAGAAAAGAAGAAGAAACCUCUUUAAGGAGUUCUCUCCUUUCUCCUUCGGUUUUUCUUUCUCUUGUUCUUUUCUUCUUGAUUAUUAUUUCUUUUCAGUUUUAAAGGAAAUCAAUGGAUAAUUCAGCUUGUAAAGGAUAUUUACAUAGAUAUACAGGUAAUAAAAUGCUAUCUUGCUGUUGAUAUUAACAGUGAUACUAUUAUACUAAUGGGCCUUAUCAUCAUAAUUUCCAGUGAAUUAUAAUGUUUUUUCUUAUGCAUAGUGAUUAUAUUUUAUAUAUGUUGCUGGAUUAUCUAAACUUCCCAUUCAAGCCAUCUAUACAUGCUAUUCUAACAGGAUCUUAUUGGUGAAUCUUAUUCACUGGGCAUUUCAUUGACCAUAAAUGGCAGAUGGUUAGAAAAGUUUGUUGAUCGUAUUAAAGAUUGGUUAUUCUGUUGGGCCUCUAUGUUUAUGGUGGUCAGCUAACAGAAAUUACUCAUAGCAAGGUUACAACCAGUGAAGAUAUAGAUAUUGUUAUUUGUAAAGGCUAGAAUGGUUGAGAGAAGUAUAAUUGAGGCUGAGUGUUUACAUUGCAUUAGUUGUGCAAGUAUUAUUCCCUAGAACUCAUAGACUGGACAGUACAGGGAAGUGCCAUAACUCAGAUUAUUUGGGUCAAGCAAGAUGUUAUUGUAAAUAGAAAUGUCUUCUUUUUUUAAGAAAUCAAAAAAUUAUAAAUGCUACAUGUAAAUAGUUAUUUUCCUUACAUAAGGACAUCAAAGGAUUAACUUCAAAUUAAGGUUGCAGAAUAUUGCUGAGGCUAAGUGGUUAAUGAUUAGCAAUUCCCCAAAAGAUGAUCAUGUAUUUGAACACAGAGUCAGUUCUAAUAUGCUAAAAUAAAGCUUGCUUAUCAUGGCCCAACUCCUCAUGUUUCUCCCAGGGGGGUAUCAUCAUGUCACAAAUCUGUUAGCCGGGCCAUGACAAAAGUUUUCUCUCUUCACAUCACAGGGUAACCAAUUCCUGCUGGUGCCUUAUUUGUUAAUAAGUGAACAUUUUCAGCAUAUUUUUGAGUACUUGGAUUUCUUUUAUUAGGGAUUUAUCAUCAGUAAAGAUUUGUAUACACUGUUGAUUUUAAGAUUUUUUGUGUUUUGCCUUUUGUAUUAGUUAUUACUGUCUGAAUACAAUUUAUGUAUGAUAAGCAUUGCGAAAAUGUACUUGCCAUGGAUAUAUAUUUUAAAAAUUUCCAUGUAAAGUCCAGACCAUGCAGCAGCUGCAAAAAUCAGGAUUCCACAGAUUCUAACAUAAUGAAAGUCUCUGUUCAAGGUCCCAAUGUUGAAGUCACAAAUCUUGUAUCAAAAUACCUCGUAGACAGUUUCUUGCCAGUAUGAAAGGGGUGGUGCUUGUGUGUACAUAUGUUUUAUAGAUGAAUGAACAGUGAGUAGAAUGUAGCUUUGAAUUCGCUGCUUCAAAGGAUCUGGCCAAAUUUUAUACUCUAAUUUAGUGUACUUGUGUUGUAUUGCACUAGUUAUAUAGCAUUCCAUUCUGUUAUCUUUUUCAUUCUCUUUACUUCAUCUUUCUUGAAGUAUAUAGUGUUCUGAAAGUUUAAACAGAUCAUGUAAAAUAUUUUUUUCUGAAUUAUGCACACUAGGUAUUCUUUCUUCCACUAUGUUUAUUUACAUAUUGCUAAUGAUACUAUUUUUGCAGUUAUUGAUUAUUGAUUAUUUUUAUUAUUUUUAAGGCAACUCAGGUAUAGAAACAGCACUUGGGGCUUUUGUUUGUUUGUUUGGUGAUGAGCGGUAUUGUUGUUUUUCUAUUUCUUUUAAUACUGGGAAUUCAGAAUAAAUUGAAAUAGUCCUUGAAAAGUUACAUGUUAUUGGAUGAGGAAACAAUAUUGAUCCCUCUUUAUCUUUUCCUCCUCUUCCUUCUUCCUCCCCAUCUCUUCCUCUUCCUCCUUCUUCCUCCCCAUCUCUUCCUCUCCUCCUCUUUCUUCUUCCCCAUCUCCGGCUCAUCCUCAUCUUUCCCCAUCUAAAUAUUAAUUUUCGUCUUCAUCUUCGUCUGUACCUUCAUCAUCCUCAUCCUCUGCUUUUGGCUCAUUAAGUGUACAUUUUACGCAGCUUGAGGAAAACUACAAGCAAACUAUUUUGAAGAAAACAUCAACUUGAUCAGAGAAUGAUUUUCCUGCUUCUGACUCGGCCCUGGAUAAAUAAGUGAAUGCCAAGCUUUAUCUUCUUUUCUUUUUAAUGUAAAAUAUAUAGUUUUUGACAUUGCCUUGAAAAUGCUUUUGUAAUUUAGUGAUACUCUUGAAUUUUAGAGGAUGAUUUGCAUUUUGUGACCUGAAAGCAUAAUUAUACUUGCUAUGAGUUCUUUUGUUGUCUUUUUUCUUUUGUGAUUCUAAUAUUUCACUUCAAUGUUUUCUUCCUUUCUUUUCAUUUCUCUCAUUGUAAAACCUUUAAUGUGUGUGGUUUACUCUAAAAUAUUACUUUGAUUUCUGUUACUCAGUUUUAUGUAUUCCAGUAUCAGACAAAGUUGAACCUCUCCAAGAUUAUUUAUUUUUGUAUUUUAUUUUGUUUUUGUUUGUGUUUGGUCUUAUUAUAAUUGAUAAAUAUGUUUGUGUCUGUUUUUAUUGUGUUUGAUGAGUGAAGUAAAUCAACAUGUAUGUUAAUGUAUUAAAUUAUUGCUUAUUUUCUAAAAACUGUCCUGUUAGUAUUGUUUAAAAUACUGUUUUAUAAUUAAUAUUAUUAGCAGUAUCAGUAACAUACCAAGUAUCAAUAUUAUUUUCAUCCUUGUAAUAAUGCUUUAAUUUUUUUAUUAUUAUUCCUUCUUUCCUUAUAUGUAAUUAACUUGUAAUUCAUUUCUGUCAGGAUUGCAGAUAUUGCAUUGGAGUACUGAGAUAUGCCUUUGUUAUGAUGUUUACAUAAUUUCCUCUAUUUUGUAAUAUAAGAGGAAAUUCCUCUUAUAAAUAAUGUUAAAAAUAACUGUUUAUUGUAACAUAAACAUUGAAUAAUACUCAAAUAUGUAUUUUUCUAUUCUCUAAAGUGGAGGUUUGUUACUUUUUAUCAUUUUUCAUUGAAGCUUGAAAGAAGUGCUUCUGUUUCCCUAGAAAGUCCAGCAUGCCCACUAAAAAUGAUGAAAAAAUGACAUGACAAAACUAUUUGAUUUUACUUUUCCUCUUCCUUCGUCUCAUGAAGUUUAGGAACUAUAAGAAAAAGAAGAGUGUAUUUUCAGGAAACAUUUUUACAGGAUACCUGAAUAGAGGUGAACCACUUUUUGUUAUGCUACAUUCAUUGUCUCGGACAGAUCUCACAUAGCUUCAACCUCCAACCAAAGUAGGAGAAUAGGUGAUAUGCAACAAAUCCACAAAGCAACGGAAAUUUGUAAGCCUUAUAUGUGCAACCAAACCUAUGAUAGCAAGCUUUAAUAAAGGAUGAGAAAAUAUA